GGAAGCCUGUUCUACGAACCUUCAAAUUUCUACGAGUACUCGAUGUGGAAGAUAAUGGUAAUUUGAGAAGCCACCAUCUGAAAGGCAUUGGAGGGCUGAUUCUUGCACGUGCCAUUGUCGAUUUCCUCAGGGCGGUUGGACACUCUAACCUUCAAUCCCUAUCUCUGCAUUGUCUUGAUGGUGACUUGGUUGGCCAAAUGGACUUGUGUCCGUACCAGUUGCCAAGAUUUGAGCUGACCAUAUCUGGUGCAAUCUUGGGAAGUGCUGCAUUUUGUAUGGCCCCCUGUGUCACCCACUUGAAUAUUGAAAUUAGUCAAUUGGGAAGUGCUGCCAUGACAGACACGCACUCAUCUUCCAGAAGACAAAGAAGAAGGGUGAUAAUUUCCAGUGGAGCCUUUCCGUGUCUUAAGGUGUUCUGGUUCACAUGCAAGGCUGGUGGCAAUGAGCUGCAGUUUGAUCGAGGAGCCAUGCCACGGCUGCGGGGGCUUCGGCUCCACUUCAACGCUCUAGAGAUGAUGUUUCUUUAUGGAGAUUUUGAAUUUGGCAUUGAGCAUCUCUCUAGUCUCACCAGAAUCCAUGCCGCCAUUGGAUGUGUAGAUUCCACGGCUCCGGAGGUGGAGCUUGCAGAGGCUGCCAUCACAGAGCAUGUCUGUCGGAUCUCCUCUGCCAACACACCCACAAUAGAGUUCAGCAGAGAGAAGACCGGGAUGUUUGAGGGGGGAAAGAAGAGUAUAGGUCCCCUUACAGAGACGGUGACAAUGAUUACCCGGAAAAAGAGCUUCAGCAGAUGGUUGAUCGCCCAGUACAAAAUGAUGCAGCGUGCGCUCUGCUCUUGCAGCUGUGCGGGUUGCGACAUAUCCAGUUGCGCGUCGGAGGUUGAACAUGUAACUGACCGUGUUGCGAUCGGUGGUACCGCUGCUUGCUUCUUCGACGAUGCAGGUGGAGAAGCUAUUUCAUAG